GAGAGAGAGAUGCUGUCUCAAAAAAAAAAAAAAAAAAAUUAAUCCCAGCAGGGAGGGCCAGGGCACCUGUCAGAGCCAACAGGGGUUGGAAUGCCUUGAAGUGGAUCUUGUAAGGGGUGGAGGAGUUAAGUGGGGGGUGAAUUUCAAUAUUUUGCCAACCUGAGCAACUGUACAGGUACAACCAGGUGUUGGGGGUCACAGGAAAAGCACUUUGCUCAAGGUGAGUGUUCAGUGAGUUUUGUUUUCCACAGGAGCCGCCCGGGGGCUCCUCAGGCUGACCCCAGACCCUGGCUGGCCAGGAUGAGGUGUCUCCGGCACCUGCGGCCCAAUGCCACCCUCAUUCUGGCCAUCGUCGCUUUUACUCUCCUCCUCCUCUUCAGUCUGCAACUGUCACCACCCACUCGCAAGGUCCAGGAGCAGCCACCGGACCCCGAGGCCCUGGCCUGGCCCACUCCACCCACCCACCCAGCCCGGGCCCCGUGCCAGGCCAACACCUCUAUGGCCAACCACCCGGACUUCGCCAAGCAGCCGAAGAAUGUUCAGGACUUCCUGCUGUACAAACACUGCCGCGACUUUCCCCCUCAGGACGUGCCACCUUCUAAGUGCGCGCAGCCGGUUUUCCUGCUGCUGGUGAUCAAGUCCUCCCCCACCAACUGGCGCCGCGAGCUGCUGCGGCGCACGUGGGGCCGCGAGCGCAAGGUGCGGGGUUUGCAGCUGCGCCUCCUCUUCCUGGUGGGCACAGCCUCCAGCCCACACCAGGCCCGCAAGGUCAACCGGCUGCUGCAGCUGGAGGCACAGACUCACGGAGACAUCCUGCAGUGGGACUUCCACGACUCCUUCUUCAACCUCACGCUCAAGCAGGUGCUGUUCUUACAGUGGCAGGAGACGAGGUGCGCCAACGCCAGCUUCGUGCUCAACGGGGAUGAUGACGUCUUUGCACACACAGACAACAUGGUCUCCUACCUGCAGGACCAUGACCCUGGCCGCCACCUCUUCGUGGGGCAACUGAUCCAAAACGUGGGCCCCAUCCGGGCUUUGUGGAGCAAGUACUAUGUGCCGAAGGUGGUGACUCAGAACGAGCGGUACCCACCCUACUGUGCGGGUGGUGGCUUCCUGCUGUCCCGCUUCACUGCCACUGCCGUGCGCCGUGCCGCUCUUGUCUUGGACCUCUUCCCUAUUGAUGAUGUCUUCCUGGGUAUGUGUCUGGAGCUCGAGGGACUGAAGCCUACCUCCCACAGCGGCAUCCGCACAUCUGGUGUGCGUGCCCCAUCACAACGCCUGUCCUCCUUUGACCCCUGCUUCUACCGAGACCUGCUGCUGGUGCACCGCUUCCUGCCUUAUGAGAUGCUGCUCAUGUGAUGCACUGACCAGCCCAACCUCACCUGCAGCAAACAGACACGGAUUUACUGAGUCAGCAUCAGGGUCCCCAGCCUCUGGGCUCCUAUUUCCAUAGGAAGGGGUGACACUUUCCUCCCAGGAAGCUGAGACCUUUGUGGUCUGAGCAUAGGUGAGUGCCAGGGAAGGUUUGAUGAGUGAAUAUUCUGGCUGGUGAACUCCUAUACAUCCUUCAAAACCCACCUGGUACUGUUCCAGCAUCCUCUCUGGAUGGCUGGAGGGACUCCAGAAAA